AUGGCAGUCGGCAUGAACAUCAAGGAGCUUCUAGUAAUAGGAGAUUAUGAUUUGUUGAUACAUCAUAUACAAGGAGAAUGGACUACCAUGAAUGUCAAGAUCCUUCCAUACCUGCAUUGCGUAAAGGAUUUUUGCAAGAAGUUCACAAAGAUUGAGUUCAAACAUAAUCAUAGGAUCCAGAACGAGUUCGCCGACACCCUUGCAACCUUCUCAUCCAUGAUGCAACAUCCAGAUAAGAAUUACAUCGACCCUAUUGAGAUAGUGGUCCGGGAUCAACAUGCGUACUGUUUCCAUGUAGAUGAAGAUUCGGAUGGUAAUCCAUGGUACUACGACAUCAAAAGGUUCUUUGAAAUAAGAGAGUACCUAGAGAAUGCCACCAAUGGUCAGAAGUGA